UUCACGCUGCUAAUCAUUUGGUCUCAACAAAUUCCGAAAUAACGUCUUAAAUUUCGGGUUUUUGGCUUUAUAUUUCCUACGGAUCCGUCCAAACCGGUAAGAUGGGACUCAUGGGAAUCGGAAUUAUCGAGCUGCUAUUCCGACAGCUGCCUAUGCACCUUGCCCAGGCGAAGGAUUCGUUGCAUUUCGAGUCGUGGGAGUUAACCAUCAAAUUCAUCGAUAGUUUACAGCUACCCGCUGGAAAUAAGCGCCAAACAUUUAACCCAAGUUCAUCAAAUAUCCAACCCAAGUCGAUCAGAUGUUUGGGCCAGCAACAUGUUUACCGUGCGAUGGUGCUACGUUGGAAUAAAGACUUCAGGUCGGACUUAAUUGAUCAGUCCAAGCCCGCUUAUCGUUCCGGAAUUUGAAGUGUAGCUGUACCGAUAAAAUCAGGCUCAUGAAACGAAAUAAAAAAUAAUUGGA